GGAAGAGAUGUCGGGAGAAAGUGUGGUGAGCUCAGCAGUGCCAGCAGCGGCCACUCGCACGACCUCCUUCAAAGGGACGAGCCCCAGCUCCAAGUAUGUGAAGCUGAACAUCGGUGGUGCCCUCUACUACACCACCAUGCAGACCCUGACCAAGCAGGACACCAUGCUCAAGGCCAUGUUCAGUGGCCGGAUGGAAGUCCUCACCGACAGUGAAGGCUGGAUCCUCAUCGACCGCUGUGGCAAGCACUUUGGGACGAUCCUGAACUACCUGCGGGACGGGGCUGUGCCGCUGCCGGAGAGCCGCAGGGAGAUCGAGGAGCUCUUGGCUGAAGCAAAGUACUACCUGGUCCAGGGGCUGGUGGACGAGUGCCAGGCAGCCCUGCAGAACAAAGAUGCAUAUGAGCCGUUCUGCAAGGUACCAGUCAUCACGUCCUCCAAAGAAGAGCAAAAACUCAUAGCCACUUCCAACAAGCCAGCAGUGAAGCUGCUGUAUAACAGAAGCAACAACAAAUAUUCCUACACCAGCAACUCCGAUGACAACAUGCUGAAGAACAUCGAGCUGUUUGACAAGCUCUCCUUGAGGUUUAACGGGAGAGUGCUCUUCAUAAAGGAUGUGAUUGGAGACGAGAUCUGCUGCUGGUCUUUCUACGGGCAGGGGCGGAAGAUCGCCGAAGUCUGCUGCACUUCCAUUGUCUACGCUACUGAGAAGAAACAGACAAAGGUGGAGUUCCCAGAAGCCCGCAUCUACGAGGAGACGCUGAACAUCCUGCUCUACGAGUCCCAGGACGGG